GCUUCGUCAUAAUAACAGACUAACAGUUUGCACGCGGAGGCUGUGCUGUACCCUGUUUUUUCUUCACGGAGCUUUUACCGUCGGUCUCGCAAUUUCUGUGACCGGCGGCGGAGCUUAUCAAUUCGGAUCUAUCAUCUAAACCGGUUUCAAUUUCAUAGGCUUCAGUUUUGAAAUGAUGAGAUUUAUAGAAUAGCUGAAUAGCAUGCUUGGAGUUAUGGUGACUAGGCUUGUUCAGAUAUUAUGUUGAAAAAGUGGUUGCAGCAUAUUGCUUUUACCCUGAUGAGGGAGCUAUCAUGGCGUUGCUUUGGGAACAAAAUUGAUUGGGGAAGAUUGAUUCUUCUUGCGGCUAUUUUGACUGUGUCUGGUUUUGUGUUUCAGAUGCUUAUACAUAGUUAUCUAAUUCUACCAAACAAAUUGUUACUUUCUCUUCAUGAAACUGAUUCUUUGUAUCGAUACUACAAUAGCACUGUGCAGCCUAGUGAACUUCUCAAAGGGGCAAGACUUCAACAGGUUCAACUCAGUCUUCCUAACUCCCUUAUUAUGCCUAAUUCGUCUAAUACGUUAGUACAAUCAGUCUCAGUUAAGCAAGAGAAUUUAGAAGAAUUGGGUAAAGAGGAGAAAAAACUUGCUGAUACAACAAAAAUUGCUACAUUAUCUUCAUCCCCUCAUGGCCAUGUUCCUUCUCACAAGCAGAGACAGAUGCAGUUUUUGCCACCUAAUGAGGCCCUUAUGUAUGCAAAGAAAGAGAUUGAUCAUGCCCCUUCUGUUAGUGAAGAUCCUAAUCUCUAUGCUCCUUUGUUUAGGAACGUUUCUGUUUUCAGAAGGAGCUAUGAAUUGAUGGAAACGAUACUUAAAGUUUAUAUAUAUCGUGAUGGAGCAAGGCCCAUUUUUCACAAACCUUACCUUAAGGGAAUCUAUGCUUCUGAAGGAUGGUUUAUGAAGUUAAUGGAGGAAAAUAAGCAAUUUGUCACCAAGGAUCCCGAGAAGGCUCACUUAUUUUAUCUUCCAUACAGUGCACGCCAAAUGGAGCAAGCACUUUAUGUGCCUGGGUCACAUAAUUUGAAACCAUUAUCAAUCUUUCUUAGGGACUAUGUGAUCAAGAUUGCUGCAAAGUAUCCCUUCUGGAAUCGCACACAUGGGUCAGACCAUUUCCUUGUUGCUUGCCAUGACUGGGAAGAGAUGUUUCCCUACCAGAAACUACCAUAAGGGUAGCAAGAAGACCUCUUAGAUAUCUUGGUGGGAAUAGGGCAUCACUACGUCCAAUCCUUGCCUUCUUUGCUGGAAGCAUGCAUGGUAGAGUGCGUCCCACUCUUCUCAAGUAUUGGGGUGGUGACAAAGAUGAAGACAUGAAAAUCUA